CUCUGCUGAUGCUGCUGCUGCUGCUGCUGCGGACAGCCUCUCCGCAUCCUGCCGCCCCCCCGCGGACAAAUCCGAAUGGUCUGUUCCACAUGAACCUGUCAGUGUCUCCGCGGCGGUGAAGGCAGCCGAAGUGAGAGCGCAGAGGGGGGACUGCCUGCCAUUGCAGUGCGGCUGCUGCUGCUGCUCUGGAGCCACAGCAGAAUACCUCUCCAUUCCUCUCCUGAAGGAUAUUCACAAGUACGUCGUGAGGACCGUUGCUUUUAAGAGAGUGCAGCAAUGGAGGAGACUGUCAUUUGGGAACAGCACACAGUAACACUGCACAGGGCACCAGGGUUUGGUUUUGGGAUUGCCAUAUCAGGAGGUCGGGAUAACCCUCAUUUUCAGAGUGGCGAGACCUCCAUUGUGAUCUCAGAUGUGCUGAAGGGGGGCCCAGCUGAGGGACUGCUGCAGGAAAAUGACAGAGUGGUUAUGGUCAAUGCCGUGUCCAUGGACAAUGUGGAGCAUGCCUACGCAGUCCAGCAGCUUCGCAAGAGUGGGAAAAUCGCCAAAAUUACAAUCAGAAGGAAAAGGAAGGUGCACGUCCCAAUGGGUCGACUCGGGGAGAGGGAAACCAUGUCAGAGCAUGAUGAAGAGGAGGAUAGCUAUGACGAAGAGAUCUAUGAGACGAGGAGUGGCCGCAGCGGGGCUUAUAGCAUGGGGGCUAUGGGAAGGCGCAGUGGGCGGAGCAGUGGACGGCGGGACAGGGAACGAGAACGAAGCGCUUCACGAGAGAGGAGUCUGUCCCCACGCACAGAACACCGCUCGCACAAUCUGCCCCCACGCCCCUCCAAGGUCACACUGGUCAAGUCCCGCAAAAAUGAAGAAUAUGGCCUGCGCCUGGCCAGCCACAUCUUUGUCAAGGACAUUUCCCCUGAGAGCCUCGCAGCCCGGGACGGCAACAUCCAGGAAGGAGACGUUGUACUCAAGAUAAAUGGCACAGUGACUGAGAACCUCUCCUUGAUAGAUGCCAAGAAACUGAUAGAAAGGUCAAAGGGCAAGCUAAAAAUGGUGGUUCAGAGGGACGACAGAGCGACCCUGCUCAACAUCCCUGACCUCGAUGACAGCAUUCCUUCAGCCAACGCCUCAGACAGAGACGACAUCUCAGACAUCCAUUCGCUUGCCUCAGAUCAUUCCAAUCGAUCACAUGAGCGGCAUCGAAGCAGUCGCUCCCGCUCUCCAGACCGACGCUCUGAGCCCUCUGACCAAUCCAGACACUCCCCUCCACAAAUCAGCAACGGCAGCCACAGAAGUCGUGACGACGAGCGCAUCUCAAAGCAAUCCUCUACACCAGCCAAGCUUUCAGAGGAGGUUUCCCUGCCCAAACCCAAGGAAUCUGCACUGACCAGAGAGGACAAACAGCUCCCACCACUCCCAGAACCCAAGCCGGUUUAUGCUCAGCCUGGACAGCCUGAUGUCGACCUGCCAGUCAGUCCCUCUGAUCCUGUGCCAAGUGCUGCCCACGAUGACAGCAUCCUACGGCCGAGCAUGAAGCUGGUGAAAUUCAAGAAGGGGGAGAGCGUUGGGCUGCGGCUGGCUGGAGGUAAUGAUGUGGGCAUCUUUGUGGCUGGAGUCCUGGAAGAGAGCCCUGCUGCUAAAGAGGGGCUGGAAGAGGGCGACCAAAUUCUCAGGGUAAACAAUGUCGAUUUUGCAAACAUAAUCAGAGAGGAGGCUGUGCUAUUCCUCUUGGACCUUCCUAAGGGUGAAGAAGUCACUAUUUUGGCCCAGAAGAAGAAAGAUGUGUACCGCCGGAUUGUGGAGUCAGACGUUGGGGACUCGUUUUAUAUCCGAACACAUUUUGAAUAUGAAAAGGAGUCACCGUACGGGUUAAGCUUUAACAAGGGUGAGGUGUUUCGCGUGGUAGACACUCUUUACAAUGGAAAGCUUGGUUCCUGGCUGGCGAUUCGCAUCGGCAAGAAUCAUCAGGAGGUGGAGAGGGGGAUCAUUCCCAACAAAAAUAGAGCAGAGCAGCUCUCCAGCGUGCAAUACACACUUCCUAAAACAGUAGGGGGCGAUAGGGCAGACUUUUGGAGGUUUCGUGGUCUUCGCAGCUCAAAGAGGAACCUGAGGAAAAGUAGAGAAGAUCUAUCAUCUCAACCAGUGCAAACAAAGUUCCCAGCCUAUGAGCGGGUAGUGUUGAGAGAAGCUGGUUUCCUCAGACCUGUUGUCAUUUUUGGGCCUAUUGCUGACGUUGCAAGAGAAAAACUAGCCAGAGAAGAACCAGAUCUUUUUGAGCUUGCAAAGAGUGAACCAAGAGAUGCAGGAACAGACCAGCGAAGUUCAGGCAUCAUCAGACUUCAUACCAUCAAACAGAUCAUCGACAGAGAUAAACACGCAGUGCUUGACAUAACACCAAAUGCUGUGGACAGACUGAACUAUGCUCAGUGGUACCCUAUUGUAGUCUUCCUAAAUCCAGACAAUAAGCAAGGCGUAAAAAACAUGAGGACCAGACUAUGUCCUGAGUCCAGGAAAAGUGCCAGAAAGUUGUAUGAGCGGGCCAUCAAACUGAGGAAAAAUAAUCACCAUUUAUUCACCACUACUAUCAACUUGAAUAAUAUGAAUGAUGGUUGGUAUGGAGCACUAAAAGAGACAAUUCAGCAGCAGCAGAACCAGCUGGUUUGGGUUUCUGAAGGCAAGGCCGAUGGCACAACAGAAGAUGACCUGGACAUUCACGAUGACAGACUUUCGUACUUGUCGGCACCGGGCAGCGAGUACUCCAUGUACAGCACGGACAGCCGCCACACGUCGGACUAUGAGGACACAGACACAGAAGGCGGGGCCUACACCGACCAGGAGCUUGACGAGACUCUGAACGAUGAGGUGGGGCUGCCCACGGAGCCCGCCAUCACACGCUCCUCUGAACCCGUCAGAGAGGACCCCCCUGUGAUCCAGGACACCCCAGGUUAUCCUGGAUACCAGCACCCGGUGACACCUGACGCUGCCAGUCGAAUCGACCCUGCGGGGUUCAAGAUGGCUGCUCCACAGCAGCAGGAUGAGGCUGCUCUGCCUUUGCCCGCUCUGCCUCCCCCGAUGGCAGCGCCCUCUGCUGUCGAGCAGCCUGUAGAGCCAGAGGAGUCCAGUGCUGCAGCUCCUCAGGCUGACUCCCUUAGCAGCCCCAGCCCUGCCCCUGAGCUCAUUCAGCCCCUUCCACCACCUCCACCACUACACGAGCCCCACCCGUCUGGACUGCCCGGUCCAGAACCAAAGAUGUACAAGAAAGACCUGUACAAUAUGGAGGACCCGGUUCGAAUCAACCACGGCAUGAAGCAGUCUCUGAGCUAUAGUCAUCAGCCGACGACGUAUCAGGACAAACAGCCAUACCGCGAGUACGACCACCCGCCUUUCGGCUACGACGGGGGCGGUUACACAGAACCAAAGUCUCACAACUCUGACUCUCACCUGCACUACGACAACAGAGUGCCUCAUUUCAGCGAGCAGUGGCCCCCUUACGACCAGCAGACCUCACAGCCCUCGGGGUACCAGCCUCCAGCCCACCAGCAACCUCUGGCCUACAGCCCCCGGUCCCCCUACGAGGACGGACCAGCUCGGGACUACAGCCCCACUCAGCCGCGCUAUGACGACUCCUCGCCCAUGGGCUACGACGGACGGCCACGCCACAGUAAAUCUGGGCCUCUCCGUUAUGACGAGCCCCCGCCCCCUCCUCCCCCCUCAUAUGACGCUCGCUCUCCAUAUGACGCAGAACCUCACACCUUCCCGAUAAACUCCCCCCGCUCUCCGGAACCACCCAAACAGUAUUAUGGUGACACAGGGCUGAGGUCUGCUUACGUACCAGGCCCAAACAACCGGCCGUACAAACAAGGAAUGCACGAAGCAAUGAUGAACUCUGAACCUCCGCUGCCCCCUCCUCCCAACUUAGAGUCCUUACCAUCUCCGAGUGAGCCAGCGGUCACACCCAAACCCCUGCCCCCUCCCCCCAGAGAAGAGGAAGACGACCCUGCUAUGAAGCCCCAGUCGGUACUCAACAGAGUCAAGAUGUUUGAGAACAAGAGGUCGGUCUCUAUGGACAGGGCUAAAGACGGGAUUGAGUCCUCGGCACUCAGGCCUGCAGAUGUUCCUAAACCUGUGAGUGCACCUGGCCCAGUCUUCAAAGCCAACUCCCUGAGCAACCUGGAGCAAGAGAAGUCCACCUAUAGGACUCCCGAGCCCCAGAAGCCUCACACUAAACCUUUAGACGAUGUAGCACGCACCAAUCACUACGACGCUGAUGAAGAUGAGGAGUAUUACAGGAAACAAUUGUCUUAUUUUGAUCGACGGAGCUUUGACAGCAAAGCCAUGGGACAGCCCGCUCCUGGCAUCAACCGCUUCCAUGACCUGCCCAAACCAGCCCACCACUCCUACCCAUACAACAGAGUGGAGUCUAUGGAGAAACUUAAUCCAGUGGAGAAGAGAUAUGAACCUAUGCCUCAAAUCAGCCCCUCUUCACAGUAUGGAGCCCCUGCUCCAAUGGUCCCACCAAACACCUUGCCCAAACUCAGUCCGAAUGAAGUGAACUCAGUACCUGAACCCUUGGCUUCACCUAAUCCUAAACCAGAUUUGUCGGCGCUGAGGCCGCCCAGUCGGGACGAGUCCACAGCUUCAGGAUAUUUACCCACGAGAGGCAUCGCCGACAACAAGUCCCCGGUCAAUGGCACAGACCCUGCUCCCCCAAAGAGUGCCCCUGCUCCAACUAGCUACAACCGCUAUGUCCCCAAGUCUUACACCAGCGCAGCCCGGCCCUUUGAAAGGAAGUUUGAGAGUCCAAAAUUCAACCACAACCUUUUGCCCAAUGACACAACAGUAAAGUCGGACAUCCUGAGCAUCCCUGGGGUGAACACUGUGGGGAAGCCUCAACUGUCUCCUCAACCCCUGGACCACGACAGCGGCCUGGACACAUUCACACGCACCAUGGACAACCGGCCCAAGUACCAGCACAACAACAUCAACGCCAUCCCCAAAGCCAUUCCUGUCAGCCCGAGUGCACUGGAUGAUGACGAUGAGGACGAGGGGCACACAGUGGUGGCGACGGCGCGGGGCAUUUUCAAUUGUAAUGGAGGCGUCCUGAGCUCCAUCGAGACCGGAGUCAGCAUCAUCAUCCCCCAAGGAGCCAUCCCCGAGAGUGUGGAGCAGGAGAUUUACUUCAAGGUGUGCCGGGAUAACAGCAUCCUGCCCCCGCUGGACAAGGAGAAAGGAGAAACGCUGCUAAGUCCGCUGGUGAUGUGCGGCCCACAUGGACUGAAGUUCCUGAAGCCGGUGGAGCUGCGCUUACCUCACUGUGCGUCUAUGACCCCUGAUGGUGAUCCCAAAACGUGGCAGAACAAAUCUCUCCCUGGAGACCCCAACUACCUGGUGGGUGCAAACUGUGUGUCUGUGCUCAUUGACCACUUCUGAAGAGGGCGACAGCUGGCCUGUUACUGAAUGUGAAAGACAGGGGGCGCUGUGACUGCCCCACUCUGCCCCUUCAACAGGAUGAGGGCAUAAAGCUCAAUGAAGUACGAACUCAAUACUCACAUGUUUACUGUGGCCGAUCUGAAAACAGAAAAAACCUCCACACAAGGAGAGUCUGUGGAGUCCUCACAUUUAGGUCCUUUUUCAUAAAUCUUUUCCUCCGGUGCUUUGAAGGCUUGCAAAAAAUAAAGAUUAAAACAAGUUAUUUAAACAGUGGGACUGAAGUUGGAAAUGCAUGACCAGUGCCACAGACUGAAUGAACUCAUUUUGACAUUUUUAGCAAAUUUUGUAAACGGUCAGAGCAGUGUGAGAAAAAGGCGAUUUUUGGAAACUUGUUUUUGCGUACUGUAGAAACUGUCCCUCACAAACUGUAAAGUUGUUCAAUGCUAAACUUGAGUUUGUGAGCAGGUCGGUCAUGCGUUUCACUCCUGAAGAAUCUCUGAAGACUGGAGAAAUGCUGAGCCAGACUGAUGAAGGAAGACGUAGGAAUAUUUAAAAAAAAAAUUCUAAAUGAAGGUUAAGUAUUAGUACCAGAGACGGGGCUCUCUGUUUAACACUGAUGUUUUGUAGCAACGUUUUACCGUAGAUAAAUAUACUGACUUGAUUUUACAAACUCCUGCUGUCUAGAGAUCUAUGCAUGUGCUAUGACUCAGGUCCAAAAACCUGCGACUACUAAGUUCAACAUGAAAACCCCAUCGUACACUGCAAGCAGUGAUGCCUUAUCUGCAUAUUAACUUUUCAGUGAAUCGUUCAAACAUUGGAUCCAUGAGUUCAACCUGAUCACACCUGGAAGAAAAAGUUGUCUGUUGCAUUUUUCCUAAAGCAGUGAACUUGGAUUAGCACACUCGAGAAUAACUGAGGCUGAUGAAAAGGUAUGCUUUCUUUUACUGCUAUGCAUAUGAAGUCUGAGGAAAUUCAAAAAGCUAGAAGAUGUUUAAAAUGUGGCUGUACAUAUUGCUAGCAUAUGGCCUUGGUUCUCUGUAAAUGAACUUUUGUACAUCUUUGUUAUUUUGUAUAAAAGAGAAAAUGUUUGUUUAAAAAAGAGGUCUAAGCGGUUACGUUGGUGAUGUUUGUAUUCUGGUUAUACCCUGAGCCUUGGAACUGACAUAAGCAGUAAUAAACCAGACUUUUCUACCUACACCCACUAUACCACACACACUACUUAAGGCAUUUUUAACGGUCAGAAAACUUUUUAUUCUUAUUUACAAACUAGAGAAGUGCUUGGUUCAAAUGAUUUUAAAAGAUGUACUUGAGGGGGUCUGCUUGAAGAGUGGUCCCUUUUGUUUAUUUGUGAUACUGGAUGCUGUAUUGUGUGCCCUGAAAUGUAUUUUUGUACUAAUAGACAAUUUAUUAUGGCACAUCAGUACGACUUUUCUUUUGAUAUGACAACACUGCUUCAGACUGACACUAGUUCAUUUUACUGUGUGGCUGACAUUAUUUUUUAUUUAUUUUAACGUUUUUUCCGUUCAAGUUUUUUUUUUCCUCCGUUUGCGACACAUUUCUAAGUAUACCACUGUAUUAAUAAAUAAAUUCAUUUUUAAAGUA